CUACGAGACGGGCGAUGCGGUCUCCAACUUAACCACUACGAUCAAGACAUCGGAGGAACCGCAAAGACCACAGGACAGAUGGAGAAGGGUCCCAUAAUGCACACGAUAGGGAUCAGUCCAGCACGAAGCAGCCCCAACGGGACGGAGCCCACGCUUAGAUAUGCCAGCCAGACCCCAUGCGGUGACUCGCUUGCAUCGCAAAAAACCAACCCAGACGAUCGAUCAAGUUAUCCGAAGGCAUUGUUGGGGAAAACAGCAAGGAAAGAAAAGCAGAUGAAGCAUCCCUCAAUUUUUAUGAUUUCAUUUCUUGUUUUUCUCUCGUUUCUCGGCUCUCUAAAAAAUUCAAAAUCCUCCCCGAGUACCAGAUGAGUCCCCAGUCCGAAAUUUGCUUUGUUUUCAAGAGCAAAUCCUAAGCCAUUGUCCGAGCGGAUUGGGGGGUUGUAGAGAAGUUCAAGGAUUCGCGGCGAUUCUCUGGAGUUGUUCGAAAGAGAGAGAACAAGAAAAGGAAGAAUUCCUCCUCU